AUGAAGUCAUUGAACCUCAGAAAUAUACAUCAGAAUAUAUCCACCGCUGGUCAGCCACUCAUCGGGCUAUGGCACGAAGGCUUCAAGACAUCAGUAUCACGUCUCGAAACGAACUAUUCUGGUCUUGACUAUCUUCCCGGACUAGCGAGACUACCUGGAGCCAGCACCGAAGAACACAACCUAAGCACGUACUGGGGAGCAGCUCGAGACCGCAUUCCAGAUUCCGCACACGAUCUUUUCCCCCGAGCAGCUGACAUGCCGCGUCCAAACCCAAUGCCAAAUAGCAUAGGCCAACACCUGACUGGCACCAAUCACGAGAACAUGGUCCACAUUCGCUCUGGCCAGCAUUGGGAGAACUGCGGCAAGGAGGAAGCAGAUUCGUAUGAGCAGAAGCUCGAACCGACUCUGAAGCAAGGUCUUAGUUAUCUGCAUGAGAAUUCAACGGAGACUGGAGCUCUCAGUAUCCAAUAUCUUCGUAAUGAGGAUGUACAAUCCCCUUGUGGUAGUAAGGAAGAGCGAAAGGAAUCGUGUGGCGCGGGUUUCUUCGCCAAUCUCGAAGAUUUAGAGCAUUGGGCCAAAAGCCACGCGUCGCAUCUGAAGAUCUACGGUGGUGCACUUGCACAUUAUAAGGCGUUUGGAGAUGAGAGGAGAUUCCGAACAUGGCACGAGGUAUGUGUCAUCGAUAAGGGCGACGCUUUGUUUGAGUAUGUGAAUUGCUCGCCUGAGACGGGUGUUAUUCCAUCCCUGCCCCUCCAGAGCGGGACAAUGUAA